AAACGUUGCAAAGUUAUUUGAUUCAACAUUUUUAUCUUUGAGUGCAAGAUAAUACCCUCAAAACUUUUGCAAUUAAUGGCUGCUUCUUCUAGCUUUCUCUAUUGUCUCCUUUUCGUCUACAUUUCCUUGUUUCUGAGCUUCACUUUAGCUGAAGAUCCGACUGUUUCCUACAAAUUUGAACUUACUUAUAUUACCGCUUCACCUCUUGGAGUCCCGCAACAGGUUAUCGCCAUCAAUGGAAAAUUUCCUGGCCCUACCAUAAAUUCAACUACUAACAACAAUGUUGUUGUCAAUGUGAGAAACAAACUAGAUGAGAAUGUCCUUAUUACUUGGGCUGGUAUACAGCAAAAGAGGAGUUCUUGGCAAGAUGGUGUUCUUGGUACUAAUUGUCCAAUUCCCCCAAAGUGGAACUGGACUUAUAACUUUCAAGUCAAGGAUCAAAUCGGCAGCUACUUUUACUUCCCUUCGCUCAAUUUUCAAAGAGCGUCGGGUGGUUUUGGUAGCUUUAUUAUUAACCCAAGGUCUGUCAUUCCGACCCCAUUUGAUAAUCCGGCUGGGGAUAUUACAGUCUUGAUUGGUGAUUGGUACAUAAGGAACCACACUGAUUUAAGAAAGACCCUUGAUGCUGGUCGAAGUCUUGGAAUGCCCGAUGGUGUUCUAAUAAACGGAAAAGGACCUUUCAGAUAUAAUGAUACUCUUGUCCCAGAUGGCAUUGAUCACGAAAUUAUUAACGUCGAACCAGGCAAAACUUACCGCAUUCGUGUAAGCAACGUUGGUGUAUCGACUAGUUUGAACUUCAGAAUUCAGAACCAUAAUUUACUUUUAGCUGAAACCGAGGGAUCAUACACGGUGCAACAAAACUAUACUAGUUUAGACAUACAUGUUGGACAAACAUACUCGUUCUUAAUUACCAUGGAUCAGAAUGCUAGCAGCGAUUACUACGUCGUUGCUAGUGCUAGAUUUGUAAACCAAUCGAUCUGGCAAAAAGUUACUGGUGUCGCCAUCUUGCACUACUCAAAUUCUAAAGGAAAAGCAUCUGGUCCCCUUCCCGACCCUCCUCAAGACCAGUAUGACAAUACCUUCUCAAUGAACCAAGCCAGGUCCAUCAGGUGGAAUGUAUCGGCUAGUGGGGCGCGCCCGAAUCCACAGGGUUCAUUUAAAUACGGUUCUAUUAACGUGACUGAAGUGUACUUACUGAGAAACAAGCCCCCCGUGACUAUUAAUGGGAAACGAAGGGCUACACUUAGCGGGGUCUCAUUUGUGAACCCGACCACACCAAUCCGGCUUGCUGAUCAGUACAAAGUGAAGGGAGCAUAUAAGCUCGAUUUUCCUACUGAGCCUCUUACAGGACCACCUAGGAUGGAAACAUCAGUUAUCAAUGGAACUUAUAGGGGAUUUAUGGAAGUUAUAUUGCAAAACAACGAGACCAAGAUGCAUAGUUAUCACAUUGAUGGAUAUGCAUUUUUUGUAGUCGGAAUGGGUUAUGGUGAAUGGACAAAUGAUAGCAGAGGAACUUACAAUAAAUGGGAUGGCAUUGCUCGCUCCACUACACAGGUUUAUCCUGGAGCAUGGACGGCAGUAUUGAUCUCUCUAGAUAACGUAGGAGUUUGGAACCUGAGAACCGAAAAUCUUGAUUCCUGGUAUCUUGGUCAAGAAACAUAUAUCAGAAUCGUUAAUCCUGAGAAAAACAACAAGACGGAAUUGCCAAUGCCCGACAAUGCUCUUUUCUGCGGCGCCCUCAGCCGUUUACAGACGCCACAAGAUACAUCUUCUGCAGCAGCCAGAUCCAUUGGAUUUUCAGGUUGGUACGGAUUGGUUGUGAUGAUGAUGAUGGUGGUCAACUGAUCUGAUUUCAUUUAUGUUGGUUUCAAUUGCAUUGCUGGUACAAAAUCUUAAUUUCCUCCAGAUAUUUGUGUUUUAAUUAUCAUCUGGGAUUUCAUCAUUCUUUUAUUUGUCGCUACUUGAUUAUUAUGUAAUGAGUACUGGCCUCAUUAAGAUUUAAAUUGGUCAAGUCUCUAUCUAGGACCUUACCUUCUAUACUGGGUUCGUUUCGUUUGAU